UCUCCAGGGGACAUCGUAUAUUAAGUUAAAUUAUUUUUUUGUUCUUGUUCACAGGUUCCGACUAUGGGGCCGAAAGAAACGACGCCAUUCCCAGAAAAAGACGCAGGUCUACAGCGAGAAUCCACAACAAAAAUGGCUUACCCGGACCCGGUUACGAACCUUACUGCCAAGGCCCAGGUCUACAACGCAAACAGAAGGCUUUUGCAGCUAGCUGUGUCGUGGAUCCCUCCUACUGCUGGAACCCUACCGUCCAGUUACAAUUUGCAUGUGGAACCAAAUAACACGUCCGCCAACUGCAAAACGCUGUCCUAUUACAAGCAUAUCGAUAAUAAGGACGCAGAAAACGUCUCCAUCCCAGACUACGUAGACGUUGUGAACGAUUUUUGGGUUAUUCCUGGAUGCACCUAUAAAAUCGUGGUGGAGUCCAACCCACAUGACGGCAAGAAAAACACAUCGUUAAAGUACACAGUCCCAGAAUGUGUCGGAGAGGUUUGCAGUUGCCGUCAUCGCAUGACGCUGCCCAAACCAACCGAAGUCAUGGCCCACAUUGUUGGCCCACGAAGUAUAAACGCCAGCUGGAACCUUCAACUGUCUGGAAGUGGCGAAACAGCGACCCAAGUGAACAUAACCAAGUUCAUAGUGCAUUUUGGACGUCAGGUGUUCGCAGAUCGUCAGAUCUACAACAUGAGUCCCGUGGGCGAUUUGAAGUACGUCAAAACUGCAGAUAUCACAUCUCAACACGAGUUACUUAUUGAUUCCCCAUCUGAGCUCAGACCAAAUGUGACAUACAUGAUCAACGUGUUUGUCAUAGACAACCGUGGCUGUAAGGGACCUGGAACAAAUUACACAUUCACACUGCCCAUUCACGCAACAGCGGAAACUAACCUAACUUUGGGGGUUGUUGGUCAUGGCUCAUUGCAGUGGGUGCUAGUAACAGUGUUGCCAGUCAUAUCAUUUUUGGUGGUAAGUAUCCUCGCUGUGGUACUGGCCUGGCAACGAUGCGGAAGCUGGAUUCGUCAGAAGUUGGGAGAAGGUCGACUUCAACCAAUUCACAGCUGGCGUGGAGUAUACAAGGCCGUCAGCAUUGACAGUGGAGCAAUUAGGCUUUCACGGAACUUCCCGUCACUUCAGGAGAGGAAUAUUAUAUAUGUGGAGAAGGAAAUAGAGGAUGCGAAAGCGCGAGGCGAUGCAGAUACUUUUGAAUUGAGCUAUGACCGAUUGCAACUGGGACGACAGAUCGGGAAGGGAGCAUUUGGACGAGUGUUCCUGGCUCGAGCCGAAGCGAUUGCUGGUAUCCCAGGGUACAUCACAGUUGCAGUAAAGAAGUUGAAGCACAAACCCUCACCUGAUGAAAUAGAGGAGUUCUUGUCAGAGAUAGCAAUGAUGAAGCGGGUAGGCCGCCAUCCCAACGUGGUCACCAUGCUGGGAUGCUGCACACUCAAGCAGCCAUACUGCAUGCUUAUGGAAUAUGUACCAUGUGGCGACCUUCUUCAGUACCUUCGUCAACUCAGGGUGGAAUAUGAACGUCGUACGGGAGGCGCAUUUGCAAUCUCCAGUACCAUGCAGCGUCCCCUUCCACGAUAUGUAGAUCUUCAGCUUCCUUUCAUUGACUCAGAGGGCUCCUAUAUACAGCCAGAAAUUAUUGGCACAACUGGGCGACCAUCAAUCGCAGACACUGAAUGGAGCUUGUUGUCAAAUGACGGUCCUCUUCUGAAACCAACAGAUUUUUCAUCUAGGAGUAAGUUGGAAUAUAUCUUGGACCCCAAAGAACUGCAAAGCUUUGCAGUCCAGAUAGCCCGCGGCAUGGCACAUCUAGAACGGAAACAAAUCACACAUAGAGACUUGGCAGCUCGUAAUGUUCUAAUUGAUGAACGCAAGACAUUGAAAAUAUCAGACUUUGGUCUGUCACGGUCCGGUAUCUACAUUAACACAAAGCGGAAGAAGGUGCCAUUACGUUGGUUGUCAGUUGAGGCCAUGCGUGACAAUCUCUAUUCCAGUAAAAGUGAUGUGUGGGCAUUUGCUAUUGUCCUGUGGGAAAUUGGAACACUUGGAGGAUUCCCAUACCCCAGUGUCAACGACAUGGAUCUCUUAAACUAUCUCUUAGAAGGAAAACGACUGGAGAAACCAGAUAAUUGCUCAGAUGAACUGUAUUCUCUCAUGCUUCACUGCUGGUCACAUUCUGCAGACAUGCGUCCUUCUUUUGCGGAACUUGUGUCACACCUGGAUUCAGUGAUAUGCAGGAAGCGAGUUUAUGUAGACUUUACGUCGCUGAAACCAGACUACAGUUUUCCACCCACUGAACAACAGACCGAAGUUCCUACUACUGGUACUGCUGAACUGUCUAAGUGAGUUAAGAUAUAAUUUGCUCCGGCACAUAAAUGUGGAGAGGUACAAGACUGCAAAUGAGCGUGGUAGCUCACAGUCAAUGUGUCUACAUCAUAUCUGGUAGGUCCACAGACUGAACGCUGCGGCCAGCAGACCAUGCAAGUUCAUGAUGUUCUUCAAUUAAAUCAGGAAAAAACAGCAUCAUGUACUUAUUAAAAUGCCACUACUCUACCUUCUUUGCAUUUGGAGGUCCACCGCAAGAUGGCUUUCCUGACCGCGGCCAUGAGAAACAAGGUAAAAUUUUAGCGAGGAUAGCAUUUUUCUCUCGUACAGAAUAUCAGAAACAAAUAAUUAAUAUAAUUACUUCUGGCACUGUAUGUAACGUUUUACCACAAAACACCUAAUGUUUCAGUCAAGUGAUUAUCACUUAUUUGUAAUCAGGAGGUCUCAAGUUCAAAUCUCAAUCUGGAUAUUCAGUUUUUCCUUCAGGAAAAUUCCAGGAUGGUAUGCAUCUUAAAUUUGGCCACAGUUCCAUAUUUCUGUAUCCUUUCCAAUUCAUUAUUCAUUAAUGACCCUACCAUUUGACAUUAUGUAUAGUAGUUUAAGGUAUAAACUGUCAUUAAACAAAACAUAAAUGUAAUUGAAUACUGUACUUGAACUUCAUCAUAUAGGAACAGAUGAUUUUGACCUCCAUACGAUGGGGAUACAAGCUACUCUUUGACCCUGUGGUAAACAGCUAAGCAAUUAAGUGUAACACAUGGCAAGUUGAAUAUGGAAUAACACAGGUUUAAGACUAGCUCGAUCAGGGGUUCAAAGACAUCUGGCGUUUAUCCUCCUUUCACCUGAAACUGGCAAUAGAACCAACUUCCAAAAUGAUGUGGUUUUUAAAAUAUUUAAAUGAUGGAUAAAGUCUAAAAAAAAACAUUUUACGCUAUAAAAUCACGGCUUUAAGUUUUUUCAGAGAGGAUCGCUGAAUGUACGAUACAUACAGUUCUUCGGACAUUGGUAUAUGUACUAAGUACUUUGUAUUUGUGACAAUGGGACUGGACUAAGUCAGCUGAACAAUAUCAGUGUACAGUAUUAUUAGUGUUUUGAUAUAAAAGCACAUGCUCAACAACCUGUAACAUACUAGUCACUUGUGCGUGCGUGCGUGCGUGCGUAUGUUUCAGAAAAUAUGGAUGUCGUUGUGUGAUAUUCUGAAUGUAUAAGACUAACAAUAAGACAUUCCUAACUGUAAAAGUAUUUUGUAUUGCAUCUGAAAUCUACAAGUAACUGUAUAAUAAAAUUCAAUUGAAGGUUUAAUACAAUAAAAGUAGUUACAAGUUCUUCAGCA